ACACGGGAGCAGCGUGACAGGGAGGUCCGCCGUCCGCGGCCUGGGUGUGUGGCGAGGCCCGUCCGUCACAUGGCUGGACCGGACCAGACUGGUCGACCCCCUCGCGGCGAGAUCGAUCGUAGCCGUCGACGGGCGAGAUGGAGCUGGGAGUCCGUCCGUCGCCAUCAUCGCGGACUGGCCCGGGGCCGUCGCCAUCGCGCCCACGCACGCCCCUUCCUCCUUCCCCUCCGCCCAACUAUGUUCCCCAAACCGCACGCGCGCGCUCGACUCCCCGCCGCUGUCGUCGUCGUGUUCGCGGAGGAGAUCCACCGGGGUCGUCGUCAAUCUCCCUCCUCCCUUGCUCCCGCAGCCUACCCCUCCACGCGUGCCCUCGCUAAACCCUAGCUUGGGCACUCCCCCCUGCCCCGGCGGCGCCACCACCGCGCCGCACCGACCGCGUGCGCUGACACGUUGGAAUGCAUUGGUAAGGUGCCAUUUCGUUGUGCAGAGUCCAGACUACAGAUUGAUUAGCUGAGGUUCAGGUUGCGGCCAGGAUCUUCAAAUCUCCAGCUUGAAACCCCUCUCCGGCUAUCCGAUUAGAGUUUCUUUUCGUAGCUGCAAGUUCCAGCCACUCACUCAAGGCUUUCGAAAUUUCAACCUGCGAGCUCAAGUUCAUACUCUUGACAGUUCACUCUCCAGUUCAUACUCUUGAUCUUUUAUAACUCUGGAUGCAAUUUGGAAGUGAGGGGUGCAGAAUGAAAAGUUUAGAGUCUACCACUUGAUUUUUUAAAGUCAUCCUUUCUUGAGUGUUGAAUCCACUUCCCAAUUUUCAUGUUCCUCAAACCAAAUUGAUUGAAUUUCUGACUUUCUGUUUAGGUUGUGUUACUUUGUACAAAAGAUUUUAUUUCGAAAAUUCCUAUUUAUUUAAGAACUUAAACAUUGUUCAUACAGUAGAUAAACUGCACACAAAAUAGUGUCCAUCUGUUCACUAGUAUCAUCAUUGAAGAUGGUCUAAAUAAUUUAUUUAAUUAGACAUCUUGUUAUCAUCUCCUGAUAUAUGCAUAGUCCUUUUUUAUUUUGCCAUGGUCAUUCAGUCACUUAAGUCUCAACACUCUAGUGCUUGCUUGAUUUUGCUGAAGUUGCUUGUUGUGCUCCAUAUCUGCUUCCCGAUGGUUGCCAAGCACAUGUACUUAGCACUUUUCAGUAGUCUGGCUUUCCCCAAGUUAUCAGAUUAUUAUAGGAAGAAUGCAUUUUAUCAAAUGGCAUAGUUGUUUGCUUAUUGUUGUAAUUAGUUUCCUACAUUGACAAUGCGUCCAGUAGUCCUUUAACUUGUUCAUUGGAGUUUUGCUCAUGGUUUGUUCUGAUGCAGUUUGAAGUGUGAUCAUUGAGGUUCUGGUUAAAUAAGCUUCUAGAAUCGAGUGACUCCCCUCCCAUAAAUGGAUAAGAUACAAUCUGAUUGCCCUUAUCCGGGAUGUUUCUUUUGUGUUAUGAAAGAGGCGAACCCUAGUAAACGAAGAGCAAGUGUGCUAAAGUUUUUUAGGGAACUUCCUUCCCAAGAUGACGAUGGUCAAGUUCUCCCUGUCAGCGGUCUCUGGAACACAGCGAUGGCUCACCCAAAUGAUCCCGAGUUCAUCAACUUGGGCAUAUUUGAAUGCAUGGCAGCUCUUAUAUGGAAAGGGUUGAAAAAUAGGCGUUGGCUUGCACAUGAUCAGAAUAUUUACGUCCCAUAUUAUGCAGCUCACAUAAUUGGAUCGUACACGAUGAAUAUGGAGGAAUUUGCAGAGUGUGCUGUUCGUGCUGGUGUAAUACCUCCAUUAGUCGAACUGUUAAGAGGUAGGUUGACAUGGGUCGAGCAAAGAGUUGCUGUUAGAGCUUUGGGGCAUUUGGCUACGUAUCCUAGUACAUUCCCUGCAGUUGCCGAUAAUGGGGAAGUACUUGAACUUGCCACUCAACUUGCUUCAAGCUCCCUUGAGAUUGUGUACACUCACUUUUACCAGUUUGUGGAUCGAAGACUUGACUACCAUUGUGGCCUUCUUACUCGUGGCAUGGGUGGUGUGGAAAUGGAAUCCCGCAAAGCUGAGGAAUGGGCAAGUCAACUACAGUGCUGGUCAUUGCAACUCAUUAACUGCUUUGCAUUUAAGCCUGAAUUCCUCCAUGAUAUUUGCAAGCCUGAUUUUCUAGUCAAGUUACCUGGAAUGUGGGGUGGACUUGUGAAUGAGAACUCGCCUGCUGGUGUUGGUUUGCUAAGAACAAUCUGCCAGAGCAAAGUUGGCCGAGGUGAUGCUGCCAACAUUCCUGGUACUAUUGAUGCUUUAUGUAACAUUGCUCGCUCUUCAGAUGAUUGGCAAUACAUGGCAGUUGAUUGUCUGAUCUGGUUAGUGCAGGAUGCAAGUACUUGUCAUAAGGUUAUAGACAAAGUUGCGCCAACACUGAUAGAUUUAGCAGAUAUUUCGACACUGGGUGAUUAUAAAAAGCUUGGUGACAUGAUUGUCACAGUCCUCCAAGAAUGUAUGCAACAAAGCGGGAACUCACGUGGCGCAAUCAGUGAUCAGACCAAAGCAGAAAUCGAUGAGCUCUUGAGAUCCAAGCAAAGUUUGAAAUUGGAAAAGAGUAUGCCAAAGGAGGAUCUUCAUAUAAAACAAGCUGCAGCACUGGUUGUCAAGUUGGAAGGCAACUCACUGUUCUCUUCAGGGAACAUUGCAGGAGCUGCAGAGAAAUACUCCGAAGCACUGGCACUAUGUCCAAUGAAAUCUAAGAAAGAGCGGGUGGUUCUUUACAGCAACCGAGCUCAGUGCUACCUUCUCCUGCAGCAGCCAUCGGCUGCCAUAAGCGAUGCUACUCGAGCGCUGUGCCUUCAUAGCCCCGUGAAUCGUCACGCCAAGAGCCUGUGGAGAAGAGCUCAGGCGUACGAUAUGCUCGGCUUUGCGAAGGAGAGCUUGCUGGAUACGAUCCUUUUCAUAAACGAGUGUUCGCAGUCGAACGAUCCUGACCUAUCCCUGAAGCAGAACAAAGUCCCUGAUUAUGCCGAGCGGCUGGUGAAGAAGCAGAUGCGCGCCGCUUGGCUGUUCAGGGAAGCAGCCCUGAAGCACGGGGGCGUCCGUCGCGCGGGGGAUGCUAGCGACGCUGCGUUUGGCCAGGAGGCCGACGACUCCGAGUGGGAGACAGCUAGCGAAAGCGACGGCGAGAACGGUGCCGCCACGGGGGGAGAAGCAGACGGUGAGACUGGAUGGAAGAAUGGUGGCCGCCAGGAAGAUUUCUGUGAGAAAAGCUGAGCAACAGCCAAAUGUGUAUUCAGAGUCUCAAACUGAGCUGCUACAGAAGCAGAUGCUGGGCCUUCUGCGGUCGGCACACUAUGAAGCAUCAAAUCUUUCUAACGAAACGAUCUGGUGACGUUUUUAUUGUCCUCAUCAAAGCAAGGGGGGCAGAGGCCCAAUUAAAUUAGUUAUCCACGUCUUCUCGCUGGGUCAGUUGAGCUGUGCCUGUGACCAUUCAAUAUUUCCUCUUUGAUGCUGGUCCUCCUCUGGUGUUUGUAACAUAUUUUUGGUCAGUUUGUCAAGUCCCUGAAAGAACAGAACUGUGUGCAUUGCUUGUUUUGUUUUAUUGUUUUCUGAAGUUUGGUGAAGAGGCCGUAAUCCUGGCGCUCUCCCCUUUCCAUUUGACUUGUCUGGAACGUGAAGGCCACGUUUCCUUU